AUGUCCACAGCAGACGAUGCUUCGAACCCCUACUAUACGUACUACAAACCCUCCAUUCCUGCAGCGUUCGCAGUUGCCAUCCUGUUCUGUGUGGUCAGCCUGGUUCAAAUAUGGAGGAUAAUAAGGACGCGACAAUGGUUUGGCAUUGUGAUCCUUGUUGCAGCAGCGUUUGAGGUCGUUGGCCUGCUCGCACGAGCUGAUUCAAGCAAGCACCUCCAGAAGAAGUCACCAUACGAAAUCCAAACUAUCCUGAUCCUCCUCGCACCCAUCCUAUUCGCCGCUUCGGUCUACAUGUUCCUCGGUCGUCUGAUCCGUAAAUCAGGGCACCCAGAGUUAUCCUUCAUCCGCAUAAACUGGGUCACCCCGAUUUUCGUCACGGGCGAUAUCUUUUGCUUUUUUGUUCAAGCCGUCGGCGUCGUUAUCCUGCUCCGUGCCGAGUCUCAAUCCAAGCUCAACUUGGCCAAAGCGAUAAUUCUCGCUGGUCUCGGCCUGCAAGUGUUCUUCUUUGCUAUAUUUGCCUUGGUUGCCGUUCUUUUCCACAUCCGAUUGAGUUCCCGUUCCCGCCGCGGAGGGCAAGUCGUUCACCAAGGCGUGAAUGUGACUAUCAGGCUGUGGAAUCUCUAUCUCUGCAGUUUGCUCAUCACUGUCCGAAAUAUCUACCGGUUGGUGGAAUAUGCGACUGGUACAGACGCCUAUCUUUCGAGGCACGAAUGGCCUGCUUAUGCCUUGGAUAUUGGGCUGAUGUUUAUCAUCAUGGUUAUCUCCAACUUCUGGUAUUUCCGCAAAGCUAAGGAUAUUUACGAGCCCCCUGCUUUCAGUACGAGUUCCGAAUAUCCUCUGGCUGAGCAACGGCUCCUUGAGCCAGAGUUGGCCCACGGACAAUCCCGUAACUUUGGAUAUCACCAGCCUCCUGGAUAUUCCCAUGCUUGA